CUACCCUCUCUCCUCCCUCCCUCCCUCCCUCCCUAAAACUUUCUCUCUCUAAAAUCUUCAGGCUCGGGUGACAGAGAGAGACGACCCUGUAAAUUCAGACACACUCAUCCUCCUCCGCAUUUCUCUCCUCAUUUUCUCUCUCUAACUUUCUCUCUCUACAUUCCACUUUCAGUCACUCACUGUCUCACUCCGCCAACUCCAAACGCCCAUUCCUCUCUCUCUCUUAUGCCCUAACUCAGCACCUAAUUCACCAGAUCUGAGCCCGACCGCACCAGAUCGAACCCUAAAAUUUCUCCAAUGGAGGAAGCGCUGGAGCUCGCGCGUGCCAAGGACACCAAGGAGCGCAUGGCGGGAGUGGAGCGACUGCAUCAGCUUCUGGAAGCGUCCAGAAAGAGCCUGACUUCGUCGGAGGUGACGUCGCUCGUCGACUGCUGCUUGGAUCUUCUCAAGGACAACAACUUCAGAGUCUCCCAGGGCGCUCUGCAGGCCCUCGCCUCCGCCGCUGUGCUCUCCGGCGACCACCUCAAGCUCCAUUUCAAUGCGCUUGUUCCCGCCGUCGUUGAGCGUUUGGGCGAUGGCAAACAGCCCGUCCGCGAUGCCGCUAGGAGGCUCCUGCUUACUCUCAUGGAGGUUUCUUCUCCGACAAUAAUCGUUGAAAGAGCAGGAUCUUAUGCCUGGGCGCACAAAAGCUGGAGAGUUCGAGAAGAGUUUGCACGAACGGUCACCUCAGCAAUUGGACUUUUUGCAUCAACUGAACUUCCACUUCAGCGGACUAUACUUCCUCCGAUUCUACAGAUGUUAAGUGAUCCAAACCCUGGUGUAAGGGAUGCAGCUAUAGCGUGCAUUGAGGAGAUGUAUACACAGGCAGGACCUCAAUUCCGUGAUGAACUUCAGAGGCACCACCUUCCUAUGUCUAUGCUGAAGGAUAUUAAUGCGAGGUUAGAGAGGAUUGAACCUAAGAUUCGCUUAUCAGAUGGACUUAGUGCUGUAGAAGCGAAGCCUGUGAACCUUAACCACAAGAAAAGUAGUCCAAAGGCCAAGAGUUCCUCGAGGGAGGCGUCUCUCUUUGGAGCGGAAAAUGAUGCUUCUGAAAAAUCCGUAGACCCUAUUAAAGUUUAUUCAGAAAAGGAACUAAUAAGGGAAAUUGAGAAAAUUGCUUCUACCCUUGUACCAGAGAAAGACUGGUCAAUUCGCAUUGCUGCAAUGCAGAGAAUUGAAGGACUUGUAUAUGGAGGUGCUGCUGACUACCAAUGUUUCCGGGGACUCCUGAAGCAACUUGUUGGGCCUCUGAGCACACAAUUAUCUGAUCGAAGGUCCAGCAUAGUGAAACAGGCUUGCCAUCUGUUAUGCUUUUUGUCAAAGGAGUUAUUAGGAGAUUUUGAGGCAUGUGCGGAGAUGUUCAUUCCAGUUCUUUUCAAGCUGGUUGUGAUUACUGUACUUGUAAUUGCAGAGUCUGCAGAUAACUGCAUAAAAACGAUGUUGCGUAAUUGUAAAGUUGCUCGCGUGCUUCCACGAAUUGCUGAUUCUGCAAAGAAUGACCGUAAUGCAAUACUUCGUGCAAGAUGCUGUGAUUAUGCACUGUUGAUACUAGAGUAUUGGGCUGAUGCACCUGAAAUACAACGCUCGGCGGAUUUGUAUGAAGAUCUAAUAAGGUGCUGCGUGGCCGAUGCAAUGAGUGAGGUCCGAUCAACUGCAAGAAUGUGCUAUAGAAUGUUCUCAAAAACGUGGCCAGAGCGUUCCCGACGGUUAUUUUCGCUAUUUGAUCCUGUUAUUCAAAGGUUAAUCAAUGAAGAGGAUGGGGGAAUACAUAGGCGUCAUGGUUCUCCUUCCGUUCGUGAUAGGGGUGUGUCACACACUCCGCAGCCUUCUGCUGCCUCAAAUUUGCCUGGAUAUGGAACUUCGGCUAUUGUUGCAAUGGAUAGAAGUUCAAGUUUAUCAUCUGGCAAUUCUAUCUCAUCGGGACUACUUCUGUCGCAAGCUAAGUCACUUGGUAAAGGUACUGAACGUAGUCUGGAAAGUGUGUUGCAUGCAAGCAAACAGAAGGUCAGUGCAAUUGAAAGCAUGCUUAGAGGUUUGGAUUUGUCUGAGAAACAUAAUUCAACUCUCCAGUCAUCAAGCCUGGAUCUAGGAGUUGACCCUCCAUCAUCUCGUGAUCCACCAUUCCCUGCUGCUGCCCCAGCUUCUAAUCAUCUCUCAAACUCUUUAAUGGCAGAUUCAACUACCUCAAGUAUCCAUAAAAGUAGUGGCCGCAAUGGUGGAUUGGUUUUGUCCGAUAUCAUUACACAAAUUCAAGCUUCCAAAGAUUCUGGUAAAUCGUCAUAUCGCAGUAAUCUAUCAGCAGAAGCUGUGCCAACUGUUUCUUCAUACGCAAUGAGGAGAGCUUCUGAGAGAACUCAAGAAAGAGGUUCGAUCGAAGAGAACAAUGACACUAGGGAGGCUAGACGGUUUAUGAACUCUCAAAUCGAUAGGCAUUAUGACACAUCUCACAGAGAUGGGAACUUUAGGGAUUCACAUAGCAAUCAUGUGCCGAAUUUUCAAAGGCCACUUUUAAGAAAGAAUGUGACUGGAAGGAUGUCUGCAGGCAGGAGGAGAAGUUUUGAUGAAAGCCAACUCUCACUCAGGGAAAUGUCAAGUUAUGUAGAAGGUCCCGCAUCUCUAAAUGAUGCUCUGAGUGAGGGACUGAGUCCAUCGUCUGACUGGAAUGCUAGGGUUGCUGCAUUUAAUUAUCUACGAUCUUUGCUGCAGCAAGGUCCAAAGGGAAUUCAAGAAGUGAUUCAGAAUUUUGAGAAAGUAAUGAAGUUGUUUUUCCAACACUUGGAUGAUCCCCACCAUAAAGUUGCUCAGGCAGCACUUUCAACACUAGCAGAUAUUAUUCCAUCUUGCCGUAAGCCCUUUGAAAGUUACAUGGAAAGGAUCCUACCCCAUGUUUUCUCACGGUUAAUUGACCCAAAGGAGUUAGUUAGGCAGCCGUGUUCGACAACGUUAGAUAUUGUUAGCAAAACGUACAGUGUAGAUUCCCUCUUGCCUGCUUUGCUCCGUUCAUUAGAUGAACAGCGAUCACCAAAGGCCAAACUAGCUGUUAUUGAGUUUUCCAUUAGUUCUUUUAACAAGCAUUCACUGAAUCCUGAAGGUUCUGGUAAUAGUGGCAUCCUUAAAUUAUGGCUUUCUAAGUUGGCGCCAUUGGCCCAUGAGAAAAAUACUAAACUAAAGGAGGCAGCCAUUACGUGCAUAAUAUCUGUUUACUCUCACUUUGAUUCAGUAGCUGUCUUGAAUUUUAUUCUUAGUUUGUCAGUUGAAGAACAAAAUUCUUUGAGAAGCCUGAAACAGUACACUCCUCGCAUUGAAGUGGACCUUAUGAACUUCUUGCAAAACAAGAAAGAGCGACAGCGUCUCAAGUCUUAUGAUCUAUCUGAUGUAGUUGGAACAUCUUCUGAAGAAGGAUAUGUUAGUGCCUCAAAGAAAAGUCACUUCUUUGGGAGGUAUUCUGCUGGUUCAGUUGAUAGUGAUGGCGGCAGGAAGUGGAGUUCAACCCAAGAAUCAGCCAUGGUCACCGGCCCUGUUGGCCAAGCAGCUUCUGAUGACACACGGGAGAACUUGUAUCAGAAUUUUGAGACUGGUUCCAACACUGAUGUUCUCAAUUCAAAAUCCAAAGAUAUGUCUUACACUAUGAAUUCUGUGAGUCAGAACUUGGGCUCCUGGACUAGCCCAGUGGAUAAAGUUGAUGGUAGAGUAAAUUUAGAAGGCUUGUCUACUUCUUGCCUGGAUGUUAAUGGUCUUAUGUGCUUGGACCAUUUAGGGGUUGCUGAGACUAUUGGGCAUGAUAGUGAAGCUCCCACCGACUUGGACCCUAAUCAUUAUACACUUACAGCUGUGAAGGUUAAUUCUGCACCAGAAUCAGGUCCCAGCAUUCCUCAAAUACUUCAUCUGAUUGGCAAUGGAAGUGAGGAAAGCCCUACAGCAAGCAAACGUGGUGCACUUCAACAAUUAAUUGAUGCUUCCAUAGCUAAUGACCACUCUGUUUGGACCAAGUACUUCAAUCAGAUUUUGACCGUUAUACUUGAGGUGUUGGAUGAUUUUGAGUCCUCGAUUCGGGAACUCUCUCUUUCCUUGAUUGUUGAAAUGCUUAAGAACCAGAAAGAUGCAAUGGAAGAUUCUGUUGAGAUCGUAAUUGAGAAGCUGCUUCAUGUUACGAAGGAUGUCGUUCCCAAGGUUUCAAAUGAAUCCGAGCACUGCUUGAGUAUCGUUUUAGCCCAGUAUGAUCCAUUCAGAUGUCUAAGCGUUAUUGUCCCUCUGUUGGUAACUGAAGAUGAGAAAACUCUUGUUACUUGCAUCAACUGUUUGACAAAGCUUGUGGGCCGGCUUUCACAAGAGGAACUGAUGGCUCAGUUGCCAUCAUUUUUGCCUGCACUUUUCGAAGCGUUUGGAAACCAGAGUGCUGACGUUCGCAAGACUGUUGUCUUCUGUUUAGUCGAUAUAUACAUCAUGCUCGGAAAAGCGUUCUUGCCAUACCUGGAGGGACUCAACAGCAUGCAGUUACGGCUGGUGACUAUUUACGCCAACAGAAUUUCACAGGCCAGGACGGCCACGUCAAUUGACACCAACCAUGAUUAGCGCGGUUUGUUUAGGCAGGAAUUCUGGGUUCCCGGUGUUGUGUCAUUCAUCGUGUUGUGUAUUUUUGUAUAUUGUGUGAAUACAUUUUGACUCCAAAUUUUUUGUAAUUUUGUUAUCUUCACAUGCCUGUAUGUUCUUAUUCUUUCGUAUUCUCGUGUUUGUCUGGUUUGGAGGUAGAAGAACUGAAGAGUGCAAUUUGUGGGAAGCAAUUAGUGUCACAGCGCACAUAUUGUAAUCGAAAUUUCCCAAACAGCGUUUAUAUAUAUAUAAAAGCAAAAGGUUUUGGAAUUACCGUUCA